AUGUUUGAUAUAUGUACCGAUACCACAAAUAAUCGUAUUAUGAAACAAAAUGAAAUCAAUAUAAACAAAGUGUUACGUUCAUUCAUGAAUACAUCAAGCAAACUGUUUAGUGAAAGAUUUAUGGAUGAAGUUGAUAAUGCUUCGCCAAGAAAAAAACGUCAGCUAACCGAAUCUGGUGUAGGGACCAGUAUGUUGGCAAUGGGGUCAUCAGUAUAUAAUUCUAUACAAACUGCCAAUAUUAAAGAUACAGAACAACAAAUAAUAAAUCACAUUCAAUCGAAUGAUAAAAUUUUACAAUCAACUGUUACCAGCAUUAUAUCAUUGACAGGGACGGAAAUGGCUGUUGUCAAAGAAUUAAAUGAAACACAUCCCCAUGUCGCUUAUUCAAAGCAGAUUAAUAUUGAUGUAUAA